GUUGUACUUGACAGUUAAAACUAAGAAAACUAAUGACAUUAUAAAAUCUAAAUAGUUAAUUUUCUACCUAACAUUGCUAUUUAUUUAUUUAUUGAUAUAUUUCCGGCACCUAAUUCUCUAUUUUAAUAAUCAGAACGAUCCAGAUUUUCUAAAGAAUAUUAUUAGGUGCUACACGAGAAUAGUUAAAUAAUCAAUGUCAUAAGAUUUACAAACUGAUUAUAAUUAAUCACGUUUUAUCCUGUAGUCUUCUCUAGUACAGUCCCUUGUUGUUACUUGACUUGCCCACCACUUGUUCGUCAAUAUUCCCCUACACAGCCGUCUUAUCAAAACCACACCUUUAACUCACUAAAAACGUUUCUUUGGAGGAACCCAAGUCAAAUUUUUCUUGAUCAUGGAACGUUGGUCUAGCGUCUUGAAGAUUCCCUUGAUUGCUACUUCUAGUAACUACUACAGAGUUGCAGCUUCUCUCUGCCUCUCUGAAGUGCCUUCUGCAAACGCUGUAUUCUUCCAUGGAGACAGAGUUCGAGACACUGGGAACACUGUGAUAGAGAGACUUUAUGAUUUGCGGAAAGUUGCUGAGGUUAUAGUUUCUAAAUUUGGAAACUCUGUUAACGCUUGGGUUGUUGAAGCUUCUGUCUUUAACGGACCUUUUGCUGUCUACAAGGACUUUGUUCCUACAGUGAACCGGUACGGAGAGCCAACAACAUCUUAUUCUCCUGUUGGCUUGCCAGCUUCUUCAUCCAUUGUCUCUCUUUUGUCCAGUUUCCUUCAAGAGGCAGAGAGUCUUGUUUUGAAGGAAGGCAAAGAUGUGUGCUUGAGGAGCUCUCUUGCACACUGUCCCAGAACCAUUCUUCUUGGGUUUAGCAAGGGUGGAGUUGUGAUGAACCAGUUUCUGAGUGAGAUGAGUUCCUUGGAGACAAACUCCUCGAGCGAGGAUGAAGAGAUUGGGAUCAUUCCAGCCUCCAAAGAAAGCUUCCUCAAAAGCGUUUCUGAAGUUCAUUACGUAGAUGUAGGGCUGAACUCCUCUGGCGCCUACAUCACUGAUCAAAACGUCGUCCAGAGAAUCUCCCAACGCCUUGCAGGAGGAGGAAGCUCGGUAAGCGUUUUCGUUCAUGGGACUCCCAGGCAGUGGCGCGAUGAGCAGCGUGGCUGGAUUGUAAAGGAGAAAGAUGAGCUGGUUCGCUUGCUGAAGUCUGAAGGUGAGAACUCUGGUGGGAAGCUGCAAGUCCAUGAGAGGUUCUAUUUUGCUGACAGAGUUCCUGAUCUCCAAAUGCACUUUGAGAUCAUUGAUGUGAUGGAUGUCUCGUCAGCAUGAUGAUGUCACUGUCUCAACGUAAUAUUUUUAAUACUUUCAAAUUUUUAAUGAAUAACCGUUGCGGUGCUAGAUGAUGCAAUAAAGAGAACAGUAAAGAUGGUUUACUCAAAACGAGAUAAAGAGUAACACAAGUCUCAUAUGUCACACACGGCCUAGCUUUGCUUGGGCUUUGGCUUAGUUAUGUGUAUUUGAGAUAACAGAAGGAACUCUUUUAAAUUGUAAAUGGGAAUGUUCACUAUCACUUUCCUAAGAUAACUUUAUUGUAUGGAAGAU